UCAUAGCGUCGUUGCGGUGAAGAAGACUGCAUGUAAGGUUGAAUAAUCAACAGUGUUAUGUACACAUGACCUUUUAUAAUAAAUAAUAUCAGAUCGGUUCGUCUUUUUCAUGAGGUAUGGUUUUUAGGCUGGUGCACUAACACUUCGUUGCUGUGUUCAAACAGGACGCCCUUGUCGCGUGUAUAUAAUAUCCAGAGGACGUUACAGUCUGUCAGAUUGUGAAGUUAUGGCACAUCCAGCACAUGUAUCAGUGGUUAGGUCUUUAUAUAAGAGAAUCCUGUUACUGCACCGCUUCCUGCCCAUAGACCUGCGGGCUCUGGGGGAUCAGUAUGUGAAAGAUGAAUUCAGAAGGAACAAGUCUGCAUCAGGAGAAGAAGUCACACGCUUUAUGACAGAAUGGACGAACUACAAAGACACCUUACAGACGCAGGUGCUGGAAGCGGCAGCAAACAAGAAGGUGGUAUUUGGUGCUGAUUUAUCAGAAGAUAAACUCAAAGACUUUCAAGAAGAGCAGGUGGGGCAGCUUUACGAGCUUAUGCUUGAGUCCACAAAACCCAACCGGCAGUUUAAUAUUCAAGAGGAGGGAACGCCAAAGUAACACCAUCUGAAGGGAACAGAAGAGGAAGCCUCCUGACGGUUCAUAGUUUGACUUAUUAUAAAAUAUUGUUGUACAUAGCCAAGUCUGAUAAAUACAUUAAACUGCUACAAAGAGCUACUAA